CAUUUCUCAGUUACCCUCUGAACGGUCACACUGGUGCAGUCGCGGAAAGAAAAUAAAAGAAUUUCGCUGGCCAACUGGUCGAUUUAAACGAGGAAAUGCAGAUGCAAACGUACAAACUGGUGGUCGUCGGCGGCGGCGGCGUGGGCAAGUCGGCCAUAACGAUACAGUUCAUCCAGAGCUACUUCGUCACGGACUACGAUCCCACCAUUGAAGACUCGUACACGAAGCAGUGCAACAUCGACGAUGUGCCAGCCAAAUUGGACAUUCUGGACACGGCUGGCCAGGAGGAAUUCAGUGCCAUGCGGGAGCAGUACAUGCGCUCCGGCGAGGGAUUUCUACUCGUCUUCGCGCUCAACGAUCAUUCCAGCUUCGAUGAGAUCCCCAAGUUCCAGCGGCAGAUUCUGCGCGUCAAGGAUCGCGACGAGUUCCCCAUGCUGAUGGUGGGCAACAAGUGCGACCUGAAGCACCAGCAGCAGGUGUCCCUGGAGGAGGCUCAGAACACCAGCCGCAACCUGAUGAUCCCCUACAUCGAGUGCAGUGCCAAGCUGAGGGUCAACGUCGACCAGGCUUUCCACGAGCUUGUGAGGAUCGUGCGCAAGUUCCAGAUUGCCGAGCGUCCCUUCAUCGAGCAGGAUUACAAGAAGAAGGGCAAGAGGAAGUGCUGCCUGAUGUAGAAGGAAGUGCAGAGAACCUCCUGAAUGCCGCAGCGGAAGCAGGAGCCAACAUGUAAUGAGUAUAACACCAAAUUUUUUGAAAAACACGCGUCGACUGAGCUUUGAAUUCCGUUGAGAAGACGAUAAACCAGUAACCCGAAACCAGUAACAGCGCAAAACGUGUCAACGAGCCCAAACGAAGUGCAUUUCUUACCUGCCCAGGCGCAUUCAACGAAGGAAUCGAAUAAGCUUCGCCAACUUCUUACAACUGACAACUAACAAUGCCACAUGUCACAUGCAAACUGAAACACGAAACAUAGGUAGAUAUAUACAACAGAUUCACACGAAUAUCUUAUAUAUACAUAUAUAUUUCUACAUAUAUUUUUGUAAUAUUAUUUGUUGAUCAACGACAACAAUUAAGGACGAAUGUUUUCAUAAUUAUUACCAAUCGUGGCGCGCAGGCCAUUUGUUUUUAUAAUGCAAUAACUAAGCCCAGAACGUUUGUUUCGAUUAAGCCAAAACGUAAUAAUGUGUUAUUGUAAUUUGUAUUGUUAUUUACUACUAAUAUACGUAUACAUAUAUUAACUGCUUAGAAUCCGAUUUUGUUGUAACAAAUUGAGUGCCUCGUUCUCGCGCGUAGAAAUCUAAAACAUCAAACUCUGUAUUACACACACAACAUUUUUGUACUAUAUCCUCAGCUGCCAGGCG